AUGGACUCCAUUGAGAAAGCAAUACAGGCCGUGCUACCACAGCUAACGUUAGAUGAAGCAAAGCUUGAAACUUUAGUCAAUGAGUUGGUGAAAGUAGGUGUUGAAGGACCAGAUGAUCUGCAGUUUAUUCAAGAAGAUGACAUCAAACAUCUGCUCACACCCAUUCAGUGCAGAAAAAUUAUUCAUUCCUUGAAAGUGUGUAAUGCAGGUCCUUCAAAUCCCCAGCUGAGCCCUUCAUCGUCUGAGCCACUGUCAGUUGCCUAUUCCAGCACAUGCCCCAUAUCAUCUAUAAGUCCCAUCUCUGCAUGGGUGAACAGUUUUGAGGUGCCAUGGAACAAAGUGAGGCUGACUCUUAGAAGAGCAGUAGAUGCUGGAGAGACAAUACUGACUGCAAAAAAAUGGAUGCUGUCGAUCGAGGGGAAGGUCGUAAUCCCACCUGGUGCUCACAUGGCAGACUUCACCACUGCCUUGGCCGCUCUCUUCGCCUGUUACUAUGUAUUCAACCUAGAGUAUCAGGUGGAAGCCAGCACAACACUGGAGUUUGUUCAGAGGUUUUUAGUCAGGAUUAAUCCUGACUCCAACAAGUGCACUGCCAAGGAGCAGAUGAGCAAGACGACUGGGAGAGUGGUGAAGCGGAAGACUUCAUACAUGAACCCCCAUGUCAUCUCCUUCAUCAGGGACUUCACGGAGUUCUAUUUGCUAACUGACUAGAUACAGGGCUCCAACUAGGAUUCUAGGUCUCCAAGGUCAGGGCAUGCAAGAGGCCAUAGUGGCAGGGGAAGUUUAUUUUCCUUUCUGUUUUAAAUGUUGAUGCAAAUGUUAAAUAUUUAAUUUUUUUUUAAUGUUCAAUAUUUUAUUUUAUUUCAGUAUUGCCAUAGUGUUAUUUAUUACUCUUUAGAAUGUGGUAAUAAUCAGUUAUUUGCACAGCUUCAAAGUAGUUAA